UUGGACUCAUCGUGGCCCCUAAAUACAGAUGUGUUUACUGGAAAAGUUUUCAGUGUCGACAUCGAUGAUAAAACAGGAGAAAUAUACGUGUCCCAGAGAGGAGUUGAUUAUCAUCCUGUAGUAGUGUUCUCAGAGGAUGGAGAGCUGAAACGAGUGUUUACUUUCGACACCUCCAUUGUCAGUAUGAUCCAUGGACUACGAGUAUUCCACAAUGUUUCAUCCGGUCAAACAAGUGUAUGGGUCACAGAUGUUGGAAAUGCUACAUAUGGACACACAGUAAAGAAGAUUUCAACAGAUGGUAAACUGGAGCUUGUCCUUGGAACGGCAGGAAUAGCAGGAUCAAGCUUGAGCCCUGUGCAGUUCGGCAAUGUUGCGGAUCUUGCUUUCAGUGAAAAGGGAGAGAUGUAUGUGGUAGACGGAGAUGGUGGGGUUAACAACAGGCUGUUGAAGUUAUCUCAAGAUUUCAAAGUUAUGUGGCACGUUGGUGAAGCAAACAGCACCAAAGACGGCAACUUUGACGUACCUCACAGCGUGGAGUUGGAUAACCACAAUCGUGUGUGGGUUGCAGACCGCAUGAACGGCAGGCUGCAAGCCUUUGAUGCAGAUACGGGCAAGUUUAUUGGCAAAUGGACAAGUUGUUUCUCUGUUGGGCAACCAUACUCUGUCAGAAUGAGUAAGGAUAAAACGCAUUUCAUCGUUGCACUACUUCAGCAGAGUAAAAUUCUUUUAGUUGCCACUCCACCAAGUGCAGGACCAAUAGGCGACUGCAAGGUCUUGGGUUCUAUAGAUCUACCAGAAAAUACCGGACCGCAUCUAGUGGGAGUUAGCAAAUCAACAGGUGCUUUUUAUGUGGCUGAACUUAACACACAGACUUGUCAGAAAUUUGUACCCAUUGGACUACAUAGAAUUAAUAUAGAUUAAAUAUGUUUUUCUCUUGCCAUAUUAUUGUUCCAAUUAAAGAGGAUAUUUUAUUUUUGUGAUUAAAAUAAAAAACAGUGAUGUAGGCUGGUCUUAGCCCCGGUGUGUGUCACAAUGAAGAGUUAUAUGGAUAUGUUUUGUGAAAGAGUAUUAUAAGGUAACUUACAGUACUAAUAAUUACAAUAACAAAAGUACUAUGAAUUGAGUAACUGGCAUACGAGUCAGCAGAAAAGUUGACAUGAAUAAUGAUGAGCUAAAAGUGGCAAUUGGUGGUAAGUGCUCACAAGUGAAGUGUAAAAUGAUGUUAAUUUAUGAUCAAAUUUUUAGAAUAGGAAUCAACCUGUACACAGUUGCACAGGAUAUGUGAUAGGAGGUGAGCAGAAUGGUGUUAGUGCGUUGGACACACCCAAGCUGAAACACCUAAGGCUUAGGAAAGUGUGGUAGCUAAAUUAAGAGCACCACUAACACCUAUGCACUAUCAAACAAGAACAGAUUUACAAGGACAUAUGUGAGUACUUUUAAUGAUUUAUAAAUGUCAAAUUACGUUCCUAUAAAGUUCCGUAUAUAUUUAUAUGUAGAAUAGUAAUUGUGCAAGUAAUGGAAUAUAUGUAGGCCCUACGUGGUAUGUGGUAUUAAUACUUACCUUGAAUAUGAUUAAAGUGGAAAUGUUGGACAUA